AUGUUAGCUGGUCAGGAUUUCAACCUGGCCCUCUUUAUUGAUGGUCUUGACGAACUCGACGGAGAUCAUAAGCAACUCAUUGACCUCAUCAGGCCGUUUCGCUCAAAUCCGGGCACCAAAAUAUGCGUCAGCAGUCGGCCGUGGAAUGUAUUCGUUGACGCCUUCUCUUGUGGUCCGAGUUUGAGAUUACAAGAUCUUACUCGUGGGGAUAUCGAGCUCUUCGUUGACGGCAAGUUCAACUCGACACCUGCCUUCCGAGAGCUGCAAGAUGCUCUACCAGACGAUGCUAGUCGUCUCAUGGAAGCCAUCAUCGAGAAGGCUCAAGGCGUUUUCCUCUGGGUGGCUGUCGUUGUCAACACCAUCUUGGAGAGCAUCACCGAGGGUGAUAACCUGUCUGACCUGAAAACCAUGGUGAACGAGCUUCCCAGUGACUUGUCAGAGCUUUACGAUGGAAUCUGGUGCCGAAUCAAACCUAGAUACAUCGCCCACUCCUCUCAACUCUUUCAGAUUUACAAAGCAAUCUUAGGCGAAGAAUCCGUAAUCACAAUGUGGCUCGCCAAUGAAAAUGACCCAUAUGAUACAGAUCUUAGUACGAUCGCCUUUGGGCGCAUCAAACUAAUCAUUCAAACUAUGAAGAGAAGGCUGGACAGCAGAACAAGAGGCCUCCUGGAGGUGACGGAUGGCCACGUCGAUUAUCUACAUCGAAGCGUCGCCGAGUGGGUGAAUUUCAAGUGGUCGGUAAUAUGCUCGGAGGCACCGGUUGAUUUCGACCCAAACCUGGCGCUCCUGAAGGCAGUAACUGUUGAGAUGUCUAGAGUAAAGAAGGGCAUCAAAGACGGCGGACAUACCAUCAUAGAGGAUUUCUGGAGGGCGGUCCAGGCGUGCCUGCGGUAUGCGGCUCGGGUCCGCGAUUAUUCACCCAACUUCCGUGAACUCAUUGAGAUCCUGGAUCGACUGGACAAACAGUGCGCCGAGGUUGCCGCGUUCAAUCCACGCGGCGAUCCGGUGCCGCCCAUAUAUGCCGGGGCCUUUACCCCUGAAAGUAUCGAAAAACGUCAAGGCCUGCCUCACUGGUCAACCACGCAGGUUCGCAACGAACCCGACAUCUCCUUCCUGGCCCUCACAGCACAGUUCGCCAUCUCUCCUUAUGUGCGGGCCAAGGUGACGGCCGAGCCAAGCCUGGUGAUCCCAGGCCCAGAAUCUUGUUCCAUAUUAUCUCACGCCGUGUUUGGCCUGGCGGGAUUCACCGAUCUCCACGUGCGCGACAGGCCUCUUGAAUCAGGCUUCCCAGGUCCUACAUCCCGAUAUCAACUUAUCCAGUUCCUGAUAGAAACGGAGGUCGCUGCAACGACAGACGACAGUAUAAAGAAGCAGGAAAGCGCUUCAAGACAACUUGCCAUAUAUCAGCGUCUCGUGGAUAACCGUUUCAAUGGUGGCAUAGUACAGAUGCCUGAUGGGUCUCUAGAAGGGUAUUAUGAGGCUGUUUGCAAACUAUUUGAAAUGAACAGUGAUACAAGAAAGUUGAAGAGUCUCAAUAAGGAGAGAGGCCCCGGAAGAGAAGACCACAUCAGCGAGAAGACCGACAAAAAGGAACCUAGCAAGUCAACUCCAAGGUCUAGACAACGUUUUGUCAAGCGAAUACAGAAGCUAUUCAAAGACAAGCCCUCAUCUUAA